CUUCCUUUCAUUUCACCUAUAUAUAAAGGCAGCUGGAAAAGACCAUUCACAUAGAAGCAUUUCAGUGUUUCAGGCAAGAACAACGGGACUUUUACUGCACGAGUGAGGCCAUCAAGUGUGAAGAUGAAGCUGGCCUUGGUGUUCACGCUUUUCAUCGCUGUCGCUGUUCUCAGCGUGUCCGGAACGUCACCUCCCAACUGUGCCACUUUCACCUGUGACCCGGCAACGUGCGAAGUCGUCAACUGCAACUGCGGAACCUACAAGGACUCAUGCGGAUGCUGCGACUUCUGCCACAAGUGUCCUGGUGAAGAAUGUUCGAGCCUGUUUAGAGACCCUUGCGCGGAAGGCUACCACUGCGUUCUCACCAAUCCAGAGGAAGGCUUCGUAACUGGCGGCAGGGGACACUGCGUGUCUCUGAACGAAACAUCCCCCGAGCCCCACCACCACGGGCAUACGGAACACAAGCACUGAACGUCUCAACCGUCGGUGUCCUGAGGCCGUAGCGUUUCGAUGAAGAAGCUGCGGUGUCAAGUGCUUUUCGAUGGGAGAUAAUAAAUGUGAUAGUCUUCA